AUGAAGGUGGGACUCUCUAGCAACUAGGAAGGAGGUACCUUUAUCCCAGAAACACAGUUCUCUUUUAGUCAUCUUCAGUUGACUUCAACUUGGUACGAGGGCAUGGAGCGGCCUGCGGCCCGGGAGCUGCAGGGCGCCGACGCGCUGCGCCGCUUCCAGGGGCUGCUGCUGGACCGCCGCGGCCGGCUGCACGGGCAGGUGCUGCGCCUGCGCGAGGUGGCCCGGCGCCUCGAGCACCUCCGCCGGCGCUCCCUGGCGGCCAAUGUGGCUGGCAGCUCGCUGAGCGCCGCGGGCGCUGUGGCAGCCAUUGUGGGGCUCUCACUCAGCCCGGUCACCCUGGGAGUGUCGCUGGUGGCGUCGGCCGUGGGGCUGGGGGUGGCGACCGCCGGAGGGGCCGUCACCAUCACGUCCGACCUCGCCCUGAUCUUCUGCAAUUCCCGGGAGCUGCGCAGGGUGCAGGAGAUCGCCGCCACCUGCCAGGAUCAGAUGCGCGAGAUCCUGAGCUGCCUCGAGUUCUUCUGCCGCUGCCAGGGCCGCGGGGACCGCCAGCUGCUGCAGUGCGGCCGGAACGCCUCCAUCGCCCUGUACAACUCUGUCUACUGCGUCGUCUUCUUCGGCUCACGUGGCUUCCUUAUCCCCAGGCGGGCGGAAGGGGCCACCAGGGUGAGCCAGGCUGUGCUGAAGGCCAAGAUUCAGAAACUGGCGGAGAGCCUGGAGUCCUGCACCGGGGCCCUGGACGAACUCAGCGAGCAGCUGGAGUCCAGAGUCCAGCUCUGCACGAAGGGCGGCCGUGGCCGCGACCUCAAGAUCUCUGCUGACCAGUCCGCAGCGCUGUUUUUCUGAGAACAUCCUUUACCUUCAUGACCGAGGCCAAAAACCAUCCCCAUGGGAUGCUCCAGAUUUGUAGCUCCCUCAGGAAAACAACACCAAGUUGGAUGAGGAGCGGAAUGCAAAGGAUGAGAAAGACUGUUCUUGAAACUGGGGGGAAGGAGGGAGUGCUCAGAGCCCUUCUUUUCCCAUCACCGUGGCAUCCUGCCUGGGGUUGCGUGCUAGGGACUUUUUACUUGCCUAAUCCUAUGGGCUAUGUGAACUGAAAACUCUUGUUCCUUUAUCAAAACCGUUCAGUUGCCACACUGGUGAGCGCCCCUGUAUUAAAGUUGACUCACGGUCCUUGCCCCAGCCCUGGUGGUUUGAGCAGAGGUUGGGGAGGCUGUGUGUGAGGCCACCCUCUGGGGCCUCUCCAAGCCCCACUAGGCUCUGAGGUCCUCAAAAUGAGGAGGAGACACUAGCUUUUAAAACUUCUCUUCCAGAGUUUCUGAGUAUAAACAACUCCAGAGUCCGGAGCAAAUCAGGUCCCUCUGAACUGUGUAGCAGGGUUCAGGACCCAAGAGGGGCCUCUCCCAUUCACACACUCUUCCUUCCACCCUCUGGGUGCCUGCUCUCAAAUCCAGCCUGGGGCAGAGUGGGUAUUUCUGAAGGGCUUCAUAGCCAGACCUCCGGAUAUUCUGGGAGGGAAACCGAGUAAACGGUCAUCUGAAUCCCACCCCCUUGCAACAAGCCGCUGAGGCCAAGGACGAUGAAGUGACGCACAACCUUCCUUACCCGCAUCCUAGUGCACAGAAGAGAGCAGUGGCUUUGAGUUAGUCCUGGGUUUAUUAUAGGCUCUGUCACUACUGUGGGACCUUGGCCACUUAAUUUCUCUGAGACUUGGCUUCCUGGUCUGUGAAACAGAUGCUAAAGUCACCCUGUUUUAAGGUAUUGAGAUGAAGUGCCAAGCACAGUGUCUGACGCAGGAAGUGUGUGCCCCCCUCCCCCCGCCCCGUCCGACUGGCAACAUUAGCAUCA